UGCGUGUGUGCGUGUCUGUGCGGAGAUGAGGGAGACUAAGAUGUGCUUCUUGCUUAUCACGAAUCACAUCGAGCUUUUCGCCAGCUGAGGGGGGAUGCAGAACGGGGCAAUUUGAGCCAGGAUCAGCUGCCACAACUGCUGCUUUUUCUUUAAAAAAAAUAAAAAGACAAGAACAAAAAAAGGCAAAUUUAUUUCAUUGAUAUCAUACAUUUAUUUGGUUCAUUUUUUGGGGGGGACUAUGACAGCCAGUGCAUUUCGACUGCAUUCCUGCUGCUGGCCAGGACUAUGAUUUAUCAAUGCUCUCAGCUUUGUUCUCAUGACACACUUGCACUCAUUCAGUCUCAUCAAAACAGCAGAGAGCGGUGAUUUGCCUUCAACUUCUUCGACGAUUUCGUCCGCAGCAGGUACUUACUUAAGGGGGAUCCCCAGAAACAAGUGACGGAUCGAAUGAGUCCGCGGGUCACGUAUGAGGUCUAAAUUGAGCCCUCGUUCGUUGCAGCCUCCGUCGUGCUGAGUAGGCGUCGGGAGCCGCCAUGUGGAGCAGAGAGAGCGCUCCUCUACUUCGCGCCUGCCUGCUGGCGCUCACGGCUCUGUGGAGGGCCAGGUCAAUGAAUGCCGAUGCCACAUCGGAUGCCUUUAAUACCAACAUCACCCUGUUCACACGCAUCCUGGACAGGUUGUUGGAUGGAUAUGACAACCGUCUACGGCCAGGCUUUGGUGACAGGAUAACUGAGGUGAAGACAGACAUCUACGUCACCAGCUUCGGACCAGUUUCAGACACAGACAUGGAAUACACCAUAGACGUUUUCUUCCGGCAAAGCUGGAAGGAUGAGAGGUUGAAAUUUCACGGGCCGAUGAAUAUUCUGCCCCUCAAUAACUUGAUGGCCAGUAAAAUCUGGACUCCGGACACCUUCUUCCACAAUGGGAAAAAGUCUGUGGCUCACAACAUGACCAUGCCUAAUAAGCUGCUGAGGAUCAAAGAUGAUGGGACUUUGCUGUACACUAUGAGGUUAACUGUGCAUGCAGAGUGCCCAAUGCAUCUGGAGGAUUUCCCCAUGGACUUUCAUUCCUGUCCUCUAAAAUUUGGCAGCUAUGCGUACACAAUUUCAGAAGUGACUUACGCUUGGACUCGAAAUGCCUCUGAUUCUGUGGAGGUGGAAGGAGAAAGCUCCCGCCUGAACCAGUACGACCUGCUCGGACAAACGGUCGGACAAGAAACUAUCAUAUCGAGUACAGGUGAAUACAAGGUGAUGACAGCUCAUUUCCACCUGAAGAGGAAGAUCGGCUACUUUGUCAUCCAGACGUACCUGCCGUGCAUCAUGACAGUCAUUCUCUCCCAAGUGUCUUUCUGGUUGAAUAGAGAAUCGGUGCCGGCGAGAACCGUGUUCGGUGUAACCACUGUCCUCACCAUGACCACGCUGAGCAUAAGCGCCAGAAACUCCCUCCCCAAGGUCGCCUACGCCACCGCCAUGGACUGGUUCAUCGCCGUCUGCUACGCCUUCGUCUUCUCCGCCCUGAUCGAGUUCGCCACCGUCAACUACUUCACCAAGCGCGGCUGGUCCUGGGACGGGAAGAGCAUCGUGACUGAAAAGAAAAAAGAGAGGGCGUCUGUCGCCAAGAAGAACAACGCCUACGCCGUAGCGGUGGCCAACUACGCGCCGAACAUCACCAAAGACUCCGGCACGCUGCCGACCAUCGCCAAAGGCGGAGCUGUGGAUGCCAACAAGCACCGGGCGGACGGCAAGGUCCCCGACAGCAAGAAGACGUUCAACAGCGUGAGCAAAAUUGACAGGAUGUCAAGGAUUUUGUUUCCGGUUCUCUUUGGCAGCUUCAACCUGGUCUACUGGGCCACCUACUUAAGCAGAGAACCUGUUAUAAAGAACAUGGUCCCUUCCACUUAGAGGCCAGCUUCGACGGGUUCUGGUCCAGGGACUAAGAGAUGAACCAAAUACCUCCAGCAGCUCUGCACGCAUACCUUUGCAGAAUGAAGUCCUGGAUUGCAGUGUGAUCCUCUAUCUCCGCCUGUUUUCUACACCGUCUGCAGCACUUUUGAAAAGGCCGGCUUUUGUAAAUGUGUAUGUAUCUUUAUAUUCAUGGUGACAUACGUGAUUACUUUCAUUAGAGUGCAUAUUUCCUUGACGGUUCGUUUUGAGUUACACUAUGGGGCCACUGUACAUAGAAAUCCAAUGAAGAGCAAACACAUGAACACGAACAUACACAUUUAUUUAGGAUUAUUUCUAAAUGUGUUGAAUUGUUCAGGGAACGCCUGACACUCCAGGCACUGUUGCUGUGUAAACGUUGUUUUCUUGUCUUUGACUGCAGAUAUGGGGCUGCAAUCACACUGACCUCAAGAAUUAUUAAAACACUCCAAGCCCCCAAAAAAUGAAAGAUGGGAAGCUGCAACAUUAGUGUGCUUGUGCAUUAAAUACUGUAUAGUGCUGAUUUAAGUUAUUUACAUUACACUGAUGGAAGAAGCUGAACUCCAGAAGAUGCACACAGUGUGUGUCGAGGUAAAAGUCUUGCAGUUAUGUCACAAAUGCUUCAUUUACUCAAACGCUCAGAAAUUGGUUUACAUCACAACAUAUGAAGAAGCUGAUAUUCAGAAUUGAAUCUUUCUUUUGGGAAAAUAUCAACUCACUAUUUUCACUGUUAAAAGCAAUUUAACAUUUCAAAAUGGAGGUUUCAUUUCUGACCUGUAGAGGCGCUAAACUCAGAGACACACGGCCCCAACUAAACAUUGUCUGGUAUAGUUUUUGCCCACCGUAUUAGCAAACAAAGUGCCUAUUUACGCCAACGACAGACAGUAGCAGCAUUAUCAUCACAUUGGACGGUGUUUCCCCUUUUACAAACGUGCUCGCUCAUCCGUUAGCUCUGUUUUGGUCUCCACCAACUCCUGAGUUCAGCCUUUUAGAUGUUUCUUCACCAGCUUGCUCAUUUGCUUGCCUAGCUUAAUCUCAGUCUGCCACCCGGCACAGUACAGUGCAGACGGUUUGAACGAUGUGCUGUAGUGCGCCACGAGGGGCUGAUAAAGCAAUCGAGCAGCAAAGCUAGGUGACUUUUUUGUGUCUGUACGUCAUUACGGGGGACACAUUUCAUAGUAGCAUUAACAUAUACGGAUUAGGGAUUUUUUUUAAUUUUUAUGAUUUGGCCUAUUAAUAAUACAAGCACAGUAAACGGAAUACGUCUCUGAAAAUUAAACUAAAUUCAGAGAUUGCAAAGUUUGAAGCAAAGCAGGAGCAAUUUGCUGAAUAAUCACACUAAUAGGAAUAUCUUUUUAUCAUUGUGUCUUUUUUUUCUAUUCUGCACAUUUUUUAUUUCAUCAAGAUUAACUAAACAAUGCAUUCAUAUGCCAAUGACUGGUUUAAAUCCUCUCGGCUACACACGUUUCCAUUGGCCCCCCCUGUGAUGCUGGAGGUAGACUGGAGCGCCAUGGCAGAACUAAUCAGCACGUCUGCCAUUACACAUUUUUAGGUUCUUCACAUCCAGUCUCUGGCUCCACAUUUAAACACAUUUAACGAUCCCACGAGCUAUAUUGAACCAAUUACAGACAUGAGAGGGAUAGGCCUGCGAACACAGGGCCUGUCUGCGCCAGCAUGAACCGCGUGAAUCAUGUGUGGAUGAUGGUCACAUUCCUCUGCCAGCAAUUCUUCUGUGUAACAAGCCUGAAGUAAAAAAAACACCCAGCCAGGAUUUGGGACUGAUUUAUUCUUUUUUUUAUUAAUAUCAUGAAAUUGUAGCUUCAACUCAUGUUUGUGUGCAGAUUGACUGCUGAUUUACACAAAACCUUUAGAGCAGCUCAGAAGCCAUAUACAGUCAUCAUGUGAUCCACUGCCCUCCGCAUCAAUACAACAGACAGCCGGUGAUUCUACUUCAUGAGCAUAUGUUGUGUUGUAUGAGUCUAUUUUGAAGACAGACCAUGUUCAGCCCCAUAUCAGUAGCCAUAUACGGUUUGAUACUGUGUUAUACCUUUAUUCAAAGGGUAUGGUUUGCUUCACAUUGAUAGUUUAACUUAAUUUCACUGUUGAAUCAAACUUUGCAUGAAGAUACUUUCUUCUUUUUUUUUACAAAUUAUGUUGUCGGGCAUCAAUUAGUUUUUACAUUUUUUUUAAACAUUCUGAUAGAAGUCUAAAACAUUCCAGAUAAAGUGAUUGUUCACAAGGUGAAUGCCUGAUUCAGUGCACAGUUUCUAAUAAAAAACACAUAUCAUUUCAAUUAUUUAGAUCUUCUUUGUGCCAUGCCUUUAAACCGGAGACUGACCGAGGCCACAUUUCCUGAUGUGAUAUUUGAGAGUUUUUAAAAACACACUGACCAAUAUCUGUUAUAUAUUUAAAUGCGCGUUUGAAUCCAAUUGUCUCUGGUAAGUUAAUAGCUGACACAUAAGCCUACAGUUGAAUGGGGUAAACAUGCUAACUAAUAGAAACUUUGCAAUUGUUUUCUUACAUGAAGACAACAACUUGGCAGACACUGUGUUAUAAGAUUUGUGUUGAUUAGCAUACAUUUCCUACUAAUCAAAAAAUUGAAUAAAGUCGGGAUCAAAAUUCAUCACAUUAUAGAGUCAAA